GUUUUCGCUUUCCCAAGCUCUCUCCUCUCGGACAUUGUUUCGUAAUUUCGUUCGGUAACCGAGGGCCCAAAUUUCCCUCUCGCACCUACUAUAAAAACGUCUCUCUCCCAAUUCUCAUUCAGAUACGACUAUACCCUUCCCUGUUUCCGAGUUCUCCCGGGAGUUUGUUUCGUUCAGUAAUCAUAGGGCCUAAAUUUAUCGUCCACCGAUAACCUCUUGGGACAGCCCCGGCUAAAGAACUUUCCGGCGCCGUUCCCCCGCAUUUCCCAGACCCCCGUAUGUUCGGUCUGUGAUGUUGGAAAGUGACUUUUGGGUUUCCGAUUUCUCUGUGAUCUCGGCAGGCGUAGCUGAAAAAGGAUUAGGCUAGUUCGUUAAUCUGUCGAUUCGAAGCUCCCUCUUUUUCUGAAUUUCUCGAUUAUGGCUGAGGAAGGGCACAGGGUUACCUUGAACGUGUAUGAUCUCAGCCAGGGACUGGCACGUCAACUCUCCACAACCUUUCUUGGAAAAGCAAUUGAGGGUAUAUGGCAUACAGGAGUAGUGGUGUACGGCAAUGAAUACUACUUUGGCGGAGGCAUACAGAAAGACACUGCUGGAAUGACUCCAUAUGGGACAGCUAUCAAAGUCGUAGAGCUGGGAGUCACACAUGUACCCCAGGAUGUAUUUGAAAUGUAUUUGGAUGAGAUUAGCUCUCGCUAUACGGGCGAAACGUACAGUUUGCUCAAACACAAUUGUAACAAUUUUAGCAACGAGGUUGCACAAUUUUUGGUUGGAGCAUCCAUUCCAGACUACAUUCUUCAGCUUCCUAAUGAAGUUAUGAGCAGUCCAAUGGGUUCCCUAAUGUUGCCCAUGAUUCAGAACCUAGAGUCGACACUGAGAGCAGGAGCUGUCCCUCGAGCACCACAGUUCAGGCCUACAUCGUCUAGCCAGCAAGCACAAACUGCAAAUAAAUCCUCGGCUAAUGGUGCUGUAUCUUCUGCUGGACAAGCUUCAUCUGAGGAGUCUGGAGAUAAAGUCAUGUCAGAAAACAAGGUCCCAUCAGUUAAGUCUGACCCUCCUGCCAUUGAGCCUUCCAAAAGUGAGCAGAAAGCCUCUGUUGCCGAUCCACUUGGAGACGCGAGGAGCAAAGUGCAGGACGAGAUCAGUCAAGAAUUUGCUACCAUCAUGGCUCAGGGCACAGUGCGUGCAAGCGAGGCUGCGGCUCUAGCAACUAGGAGAGUCAUGCAGAGAUAUGGGAAUCUGAACAUUGCCUCACCGCGUAGUUAAGGAUAAUGUAUCGAUCGGAUUACCAGCUGCUAUUGUGCAAUGGUUGUUGGGAACACCCAUUAUAAGCGGGGUAUUUUUAUCAUUAUGAUCUGUCUUUGAACGCCUAUGGACAUCAGCCUGAAAGUUGAUAAUGGCCGCAGAACUUUUAAUGAGUAUUCGAAUUUCGUAAGCGGAUUCCUCUAUUGCAUGGUUCAGUUUUACAUUCGACAAAAAUUGUA